UUGGAUCUUUGUAUUUUUCUUACUUUUUAUGGGAUUUUAUAAUUUGGGUGUUCCAUUUUUUGCUUCUGGGAAGUGGGAUUUGGUUGCCUUUUAGGCAUUGUUUAGUUGGUUCUUGAACUGUUUGUUGAAUUUACAGUGUCAAGUUUCUUACUUUCAUGGGAUUUUAUGAGAUAUUUUGGAUAAAUGGAGUCUGAAAAUGGGGUUCCAGUUGAAGAGGAAAAGAUAGUUGUGGUUGAAAAGAAUUUGGAUAUGAGUAAGGAGGAGAAGAAUGUGAAUGACAAAAAGGAAAAUGCAAAUGAAGAACUUAAUGUACCUGUAAUCAAAACUGAACUGUCUCGAAAUGUUCCGAAGAGCAAAGGGUCGAGUCAAAAAAAGCUUGCUACUGGUGGAACUACAAAGAACAAUAAGAUGGUGAAAGAUCUGGCUAGUUUAAGAGGCACAGCUGCAUUGACUCAUGCAAAUAAGGCGAGUCAAUCACAGAGUCUGUCGUUCCCUUCACAAGGUGUUAGUUCUGAUGUAAUGAGGAAGAGCAUGGAUGUGUAUCCAAAGAAAUCGGAUGCCAAGGAAUUGAAAACAAAGGGGUUUAAGAAUGAGACUUCACUUUCGAAGGGAUCAUCGGCUUCUAGUUCGAAUCCGUCUAGCAGGGGUGUAUCUGGUGGAGUCUUGAAGAAUGCAAACACAAAUGGAGGUGUUGCAACCAGCAGAAGGACAACUAUUGCAGCUGUCCCGAGUCUCCGACAGUCUAUGUCUGGGAAGUCUCUUUCAGCCAAUGGAAAUGCAAAGAAAGCUACAUCUGAAGUAUCGAAUGACGAAAACAAGAAGCCUACUAAAGCUGCAUUGCCUGUUAAAGAGGAUGAGGAUGCUCGUUCUACUACUUCCUCGAGUACCACUCCUCAUGGGCAACGAAGGGCCAGUGUUGCAGGAUUUUCCUUCAGGUUGGAAGAACGUGCCGAAAAGCGGAAGGAGUUCUUGGCAAAGAUAGAAGAGAAGAUACAGGCAAAGGAAGAGGAAAAGAAUAACUUGCAAGCAAAAUCCAAGGAAAACCAAGAUGCGGAGAUAAAGCAAUUGAGGAAGAGCUUGACAUUUAAAGCUACACCAAUGCCAAACUUCUACAAGGAACCCCCUCAAAAAGUUGAACUCAGGAAGAUACCGACAACACGUGCUGUAUCUCCUAAGCUUGGAAGAAACAAGAACUCCAUAUCAACAACCAACAGCUCCGAAAGUGGAGGAUCGUGUUUCAGUCCAAGAUUUGUCAAAGAACAGGCAAAGUCACCCCGGGCUUUGCUGUCAACUGGCGAUAAAGUUACUGAUGCUUCAAAAGGGAAGCCUAGUGAAACCAAGAAGCCAAUGAGAAGUUCCUCAACUACUAAAACUAAAGGGCAAGCUGUUGUAACAAAAUCAAAACCUGCUGAAGCAAAGGCGUUGGAUGAGAACAUUUGUAAAGGGAAAUCAAAAGAAAUGCUCGAACAACCUGAUGAAAAGUCCGAGAUGAAUCCAGCUAACGACAAUGCACAGAAACCGUCAAACACUGUUGUUAUGCCAUCAGCUCAAGUCACUGUUGAAGGUUAACGGAUUUAAGGAAGUUCCAAAACGCGUUGUAUUCAUAUAUACACUGUUGUUUCCUUUUUGGGGUCUGGAAAUUUUAUGCUUCAUUUAAGUUGUGAAUACAUUGUUGUAUGUUUUGUGUUUAUAAGUUGUAUAUUUUGGUUCAAAUUUAUUUGAUA